AUGAAGCACUCAUCCCAUAAGACCCAUGAGCCUCAGAAUGAUGACGCCGGUGGUGGCUCAGAAGGCUGUGUGGUCUCGCAUAAUACAUCUGAUCACCUGGAGAAGAAAGACUCUGGUUCUCCCAAUCCACGACAAACAAUAUGUGCAAGUUCUGAGACCUUGACGUCGGAGGGGAAGUCAAGAAAACACAACGCCUUGGUUCAACAAUCGACGCCCAAAGAAGUCUCAAAGCGCCCAGUUUGUCUCCCUGAGCGCCAGCUUUCUACACACCCAAAUUCCUCGAGGGAAAACUUGAAAGUUAGCCAUGAGCGCGCAACUACUCUUUCUAGAAGUGACCGAAAGCGCUCCUUCUCACCAAAGCAGACUCCCAAAUCGGACUUGGAGAUAAGCCAGGAGAGACACAAAACAGCAGGAACGCGGCGCUCCGGUCGAUCUAAAUCUGGGCCCACCAAUUAUUAUGAGCCAAUGCGUCUAUCUGAUCUCGAUUCCGAGGAAGAGUCAGAUCAUCGUCAAGUCCCACCAUCGAUACCAGCCUCGCCAUCCAGGGCGUUUGACAAGGAUGCCAAGCCCCCCGAUCACACGCUCACAAUAAUCUUCUCUUCGCAAGGACUACAAAUCGUGAAGUCGCGCUUCAAAACCAUGGCUGAGCUUCAGGACUUGGAGCAAGCAUGCUACUCUCCAGAAGUGAACCCUGCAAAGUAUGCCCGAAGGUUUAUCAAGGGCCCCGAGACCGUUCUCCACGUUGAUUUUGGUGAAGAUGAGAUGAUAUCCGUGUUAGAGCUGAUGUCACUUCACGGCUUACAGAGGACUGCAAACUCAGAAAUAUCACUCGUCGAUCAGAUCAUACAAGCCCUGUCCAGCUGUGCAGUGUCUGACGAUAUUACCUGGAAUUUGUCGAGGAUAUACAAACUCUCCCACGUGCUCUCUAGCCAAGGAGUACAUGGCGACAGCACGUCGAUUCUGAAACUAUUGCAAUCCCCGGGCAAGAAGGAAGCCAAAAGCCUAAUUGCAGAAGUUCUAGAGCAAAAAGAACAAAACUGUGGCGGUCAAUAUGGUUACCGGGUCGAGGAAAUUCACAGGUUGGCCGCAUGUCUACAGUGUGCUUCGAAAAUAGACCGGCGCCGCCAUAGCGACAUUGAUGCAUUUCUCAAAGAUGCUAAAACCGGGUGCCUCCCGUCAAUUCCGUGUGUCGUGAAGGCCAUCGCAUCUCCUGACAAACUUUCGUCAGACGGCAGGCGUCCUCGGGGCUCUCAAAGGUUUGCCCAGUUAUUGCAAAGUAGAGAACUGGGAUGCAGCGUGAACAGAAAAAUCAGCUCUGACGUUGCAAGCAAUUUUAGGCUCUGCAAGAAAUGGAAAGGGGCUUCGAAUGAUGUGGUAGCGCUGGCGUGGUCACCCGACGGAACAAGAUUUGCAGCCGGUGCCACAGCGCAGUGCGAUGAGCACAAUAUGGAAUAUAACCGAAGGAAUAACCUGUUAAUCGGUGAUUUGACUCGAAGUUGCUUGGAAGAACUCCCCGACCAUUGCAUCCCUCGACCGGCUGGAGGACGUGCACAUAGAGCAAUGACUGACAGUCAGCUUUUCAUGAGCGUCACGGCUGUGCAAUGGUUCCAAGACUUUCUGUUUACAGGAAGUUAUGAUAAUACGGUCAAGCUGUGGGAUUUGGGUGGGGGGAAAGCAUCAUGUUAUAAAACCCUCCGGCAUGAUGCCAAAGUGCUCGUGAUGGCUCGUUCGACCUUUGAACCUAAUCUGCUCGCCACUGGAACGCAUGCCAUUGGAUUGUGGAAUGUCGAGGAGUCUACAUACACUUCUCUUGGGCUUUCCGAACAUGUCAGUAAGAAGGGCCUUGAACUAGUGCCGACAUCUUUAGCAUGGGGAACUAUUCCCUCCACUAAGAACAUGCUGCUUGCUGGCUUGGCUGAAAGUGACGAUGGGAUCCCACAAAAUGGUCAUCUUGCAGUCUGGCGUGUUGGAGAAGGGGAGGCCAUUCCUGUGCAGUAUUCGCCCAACUCCCAAAACAUCUUCGACAUCAAGUGGCAUCCGACCUCGGAAGCUUUUGUCACGGGGAGCUCCACGGGGCUGAGAAAUAUCGGGUCCGUCGUCCGCCACUACGAGCCUCUCAAAACGAGAAGGGGGAUUUACGAGUUUGAUUGUCCCGCCCUGGAUAUCAACGAGGUUACAUUCUGCCCUGUCAACUCCAACUAUGUGACAGCCAGCUGUACCGAUGGCAAUACGUAUGUUUGGGAUUAUCGCAAAAACAACGAUUUUGUCCUCAAGUUGCCGCAUGGCGGGCCCCUUAAUCAAACCGACGAGACCCUCACUAGGGAGGAAGCAGAUGUGGGCGUGACCGUGGCAUUGUGGGGAAAUGGAGUUGACCAGUUUUACACUGGGGCAUCGGACGGUAUCCUCAAAAAGUGGAAUAUCCUUAAAUCUCAGGACGAUGCACUCGUUGAAGAUACGGCUAGUUUGGAAGAAGAGAUAACGUGUGCAGCCUUUUCAGACGAUAAAUCAAACCUUUUGGUUGGGGAUGCUGCUGGCGGCAUUCACGUGUUGUCAUCGGGGCCUGUUUUCAACACCGACGAACGGUCAUUCACAUUCGAAAGUGCUCCUCAACUGGCUUGUGAAGAUUACGAGUCGGAUCCCGAGUCAGGCGUCAAAGCUGGACGCAAUUUGUUAGCGUCUGGUCAGCUUUCCUUGCACCCUGUAUAUGGAGUUGGACAAGGUCCUCACUACACUGGGCCUUUUGCUGCUUGGGCUCGACCGGAAGGAACACCAAGCGAGGAUAUUGCGCGAACGCAGCUCAAAAGGGAGCUGCAGAUUCGUCAGCUUGACGGGAUCCCCAUCGAGUACCGCAGCGAGCUAGACGACCAAGCUAGGAGGGACGUCGAGGCACAGAUUCAACUCGCCCGUAUCCGGAAUCUGAGAAAAGGCGAGAAUAAGAGAAAGAGGAACGAGUCCGCAAACUCCAUCAACCGGGCUCCCAUCAUUCAUGAGUUCAUCGAUCUGUGCAGCGAUGACGAAGACCAGCCUCGUCCUUUGACGGUCCCGUCCGGCGAGCUCGAGCGGCGAGCAAAGACGCGGAGAAGCGAGCCUCUAAUUGUGAACAUGGAAUGUGACAUCAUCGACCUGACCGGGGAUACAGAUAGCGAGGAGCUUGUAGACGUUCCGCCUGGGAUGGAACUCGGCCGUUCUCCCGAUCAUUUUACAUUUGACGAAGUUCGCAGUUUGAAAGACGAGCGUGCCGAAGAACUAGAAGAGGCGCUUGGUGAAGAUUUCUGGUGGCCACCAAAUCACACUGUUGACCCGAACAUUCAUGAUGAUGCUGUUUAA